AUGACCAAGGGUGUUGUGGUGCGUCCUAUCCUCAGCAAGGAAUUUGCAUCUAGGGGCCAGGUUGAUUUGAUUGACAUGCAAUCAAUGCCACACUCUAACUUUAAAUGGAUCAUGGUGUACCAAGACCAUCUCACCAAAUUCUACAUUCUUCGAUCUCUUCAAACCAAACGUACUGCAGAGGUUGCCUUCCAGCUUGUAAAUAUCUUCCUUCUCAUGGGUGUCCCUGCUGUUCUUAAAGGUAAUAAUGGCUCAGAGUUCACAUCCAGGGUAAUUACUGAGCUAAAAGAAAUGUGGCCAAGUCUCACCAUGGUUCAUGGGAAUCCCGGACAUCCACAAAGUCAAGGUUCUGUGGAACGUGCGAAUGGUGACAUUAAGGAUGCUGCUCAUCAUUCAGGGAUAAAAUGCUCUCCAUACUCUGCUAUGCUUGGUUGUGAAGCCAGAGUUGGCCUGACUUCUUCACCUCUACCCACAGAAGUUGUCUCAUGGUUGGAGAGUGAAGAUGAUCUCAUAGUAUCUAUGUCAGGAGGUGAUAUAGCAACAACAGGUUCUGCUGCAAAUUCUACUGGUUCAGUGACCACUAGCGAAACGACUACAAGUGACAAUAAUGAUUUAUUGACCACUGAAGUGACUGAGGCACUUUCUGUUGAUGCCAUUGUUCAAGCUCCUCAGAUACUUCAGGAUCACCAAGACCAAAUUCAGAAACGUGGAGUGGAGGCAUACAGAGGGCAGGUAUCCCGAGCUGAGCGAAUAGUCAAAUGUAGUCACUUAGACUUUAAGGUUGGUGAACCUGGUGACAAUGUUGCUGUCCCAAUUCCAGCUGUGGAUCGUGGUAGAGGAGAUCCACGGAAUAUCCUGAGUAUUAUUGUCAGCAGAGAUUUGGACAAUGACCAGUAUUAG